AAGAGGAGCGUUCCACGCCGGCUUUGGCUUGCAUUAUUGGAUGUGUACGUAGUUAGGAAGGAUGGAUAAUGUUGUAAUUGACGACGACUAUGAUCAUAAAGACGACACCAUAGAGUACAUAUUGGAAAACGUCUUAAUGCCCGAUGAUGGUAGCUGUGAGUUUGGGAACUUGCGUGAAUUAUACAAUUGCAAACUUGUCCAUUCUUGUACUUGUACGUCACAAAUCAAAUGUUGCAUGGACAAAGAGAGCUGUUGUCACGGUGGCAGAUUCAAAUACCAUCACAGUAUAGUUGGAAAGGAACUGGUGCUAAAGCACGAAAUCGACCUGCCCGCAAUUAUCGAGUGCAGUGAUUUGUGUGGAUGCUCUGCAGAGCACUGUUUAAAUCGAUGUGUGCAGAUCGGUCCGCGAAAACAGUUGGAGAUUUUCAACUCGCCGUUGUACAGAUCCUUGGGUCUGCGCACUAUGAUUGACAUUCCUGCUGGAGCAUUUGUCUGCGAGUACGCUGGUGAAUUGCUGACCUUAGCCGAAGCGAGACGUCGACUGAAAUUGAAUGACAGGGAGGAAGUAAUGAACUAUAUCUUAUGCCUCAACGAAUACACAAAUGUUUCAGAAGCCGGCAGUUCAAAAAAAUUACUAGUGCAGUCUACGAUUGUUGAUCCUUCCCGACGUGGGAACAUCGGCAGGUAUUUGAACCACAGUUGUCAGCCCAAUUGCGACCUAAAAGCCGUGCGAGUAGACAGUCCCGUGCCGAAAAUAGGAAUCUUUGCGCUACGAGAUAUUGCAGCAUACGAAGAGCUAUGCUUUCACUACGGCGGUGAUGACCCUCCUACUACAGUACCUUCCAACGCCAAACCGUGCCUGUGCUCUUCCUCAAUGUGCACAGGUGUGAUGCCGAAUACAACAAUUUAACGGAGGGGGCAACUUUUCGUUUAUCCAUUGCUCCAAAUCCAGCAUAGAGGCCUUCUUCAACUCGUGUAAGCAAUUUUUCAAUGGCUUGAAGGUGCCGGUGACCCCAAGUUUUUGGAGUGCAUCGAAACUUUCCUUCCC